CUGCUCCAUCUGAUUCCUCUAUUACUUGGCUCCCUGGACCAGCAGCCAUGGCUGAUAUGAAAACAGGCGUAUUUGCUAAAAAUGUCCAGAAAAAGCUGAGUAGGGCUCAGGAAAAGGUCCUUCAGAAAUUAGGGAAAGCAGAUGAAACAAAAGAUGAACAAUUUGAGGAAUACGUGCAGAAUUUCAAAAGACAGGAAGCAGAAGGUACCAGACUACAGAGGGAAAUGCGAGGAUAUCUGGCUGCAAUUAAAGGUAUGCAGGAGGCUUCUUUAAAACUUACUGAAUCUUUGCAUGAAGUUUAUGAACCUGAAUGGUAUGGAAGAGAUGAUGUCAAAAUUGUGGGGGAGAAAUGUGAUGUACUUUGGGAAGAUUUUCAUCAGAAACUUGUGGAUGGAGCCUUGUUAACACUCGAUACAUAUUUAGGUCAAUUUCCCGACAUAAAGAGUCGAAUUGCCAAGCGAAGUCGAAAACUGGUUGAUUAUGACAGUGCUAGGCAUCACUUGGAAGCUUUACAGAACUCCAAGAGAAGAGAUGAAGGAAGGAUAACAAAGCAGACAUCACGGAUUGUGUGCAAUCUUGCAGAAGAGGAGUUUCAAAAAGCUCAGAAGGUAUUCGAAGAUUUCAAUACAGACCUCCAAGAGGAACUGCCUUCAUUAUGGUCCAGACGCAUUGGUUUCUACGUAAACACGUUCCAAAACAUAUCAAGUUUGGAGUCAAAGUUCCACAAGGAAAUCACAGGGCUUUGUCACAAAUUGUACGAAGUAAUGACCAAAUUAGGAGAGCAGCAUUCUGACAAGGCAUUUACCAUCCAGGGUGCGCCAAGUGAUUCUGGACCACUUCGUAUUGCAAAGACCCCAUCUCCUCCUGAGGAUCUCCCACAAAUACCUAGUCCUUUAGCAAGCCCCAACCACACAUUAGCACCUGCAUCGCCUGCACCAGCAAGGCCAAAAUCACCUUCACAGCUGAGGAAAGGUCCUCCUGUCCCACCAUUACCAAAACUUACUCCGUCGAAAGAGCUACAACAAGAAAACAUAAUUAGCUUCUUUGAAGACAAUUUUGUGCCGGAGAUCAAUGUCACAACUCCAUCACAGAAUGAAGCUGGCGAGGAGAUGAAAGAGGAAUCAUUAUUAGAUCUGGAUUUUGAUCCAUUCAAGCCAGAAGGUGUAUCAGCGGGAAUAACACAAUCUCACUCUCCAAUGUCACAGACAUUACCAUGGGAUCUCUGGACGACAAAUAAUGACCUGGCACAGCCGUCUGACACAUCAAAAAGUCUGUCAUUAUAUAACCUGAUCAAUACUGGGAGCACGAAUUAUGAAUCAGAAGAAGAUUUAAACAUACCUCAAAGUGAAAUAGGUUCAGAUGACUGGGGACUUCAGAGUAAUGCAGUCAGAUAUAGGCAGGAAGAAUAUGAUAAUAUUAACACUGAAGAUUUACAUGUCAUUACUCAUGAAGAGCAAGCAGAGUAUAAAUCUGACCAGUACAUUGACCCAGACGCAAAAGAAUCAGUUGAAGAAAGAGAAGAUGAGAAUUUAAAUCAAGACAUUGUUAUGAGUGAGGAUAGCCUAAAUGAGAAAACUCAAAAUGAAGAAGAGGUGAAUGAAAUGGAUAAGGAGUGCAAUGAAAGCAGCUUUCAUGUAUAUGAAAUGAGAGAGACAAGUGAUAUAAAUAUAAGCGGAACAUCUAAAGAAGAUCUUGAAGAAAAAAAAUACAUAGAACAAAAAAUAUAUGAGGUAGACCACUUGGAAUCUUCAAAAAAAGAAGUCCUCGAAGACAUGGAAAAUAUAGAGGCAUCCGGCAGUGCGUUUAAUGGAUUCAAACAGCCUGACGCUUCCACAUCCUUGUUUACAAUACAGUCAGAGCAAGCUGCUGCUACUGAGGUAAAGCCUGACGCUUCCACAUCCUUGUUUACAAUACAGUCAGAGCAAGCUGCUGCUACUGAGGUAAAGGUGGACUCAGAGGUAGCUGCUCCUGUGGAUACAAAGCCUGACGAGCCCCAGGAACUUUCUGAUGUUUCUGUUGAGAGCACCACAGUUGCAGAACAAAAUGAGGCGGCAGAGGACACAAUGGAACACGUUGUUGAAGAAGAAGCUAAGGACACUAACCAGCCUGAGAACGAGGUCGCCGAGAUGGAACCUGAAGGCCAGAUUGAAGUUGAAAGCACCACUGAGUCUGUAAAGAAUGUUGUUGAACAGGAAAAAGAUUCUGAAGUGGACGAUUCGUUAGAGGUUGCUGUGGCUCAGAAAAGUGAUGAAGCACCCUGCAUACCAUCAGUUGUAAUAGAGCCAGCAUCAAACCAUGAGGAGGAAGAUGAAUAUGAAUACAGUGGAACUCCCGAAGUCCUAGAUGCUGUAGAAGUUGCAAGCAAUGCAGUUCAGGAUUCAUCCUUAGAACAAACUAUGACAAGUAGCAGUGAGGUAGCUGACUCACUCACUACACCAGCAAGUGCUACAUCCCAGGACACGCCACCUGGUUUCCUUUUUAAGGCUGAAGCACUACAUGAUUUUGAAGCAGCAAACGAGGAUGAGUUAAAUUUAAAGAGAGGUGAAAUUGUUCUGGUUGUAAGUUCAAUAACAACUGCAGAUCAGGAGGCUGGUUGGCUGAUUGGCAUUCGAGAAUCUGAUUGGCAGCAGCACAAGGACUUGGAUGGUUACAAAGGGUUAUUUCCAGAGAACUUUACUCGUAGUUUAGAGUAAUUUAUUUCUUUUUAUAAUUCUAAGAGUGGAAAGUGCUGUUGGAUGUCCAACAAUUGUUUUUUUUUGGACCUUCUAAGAAGACAGGAACCUUGUAGGCUACAUUGUUAACUGUCAUCUAGAUUGGGGCCUGUACCAGAUGAAAUUUGGUUAAUUAUAUCAAACAAAAUAAGCAUGAAUGCAAGAGUAAGCUAUAAGCUAUAUCCUACUGAGUUGUAAAUGGAAAAAAAAAGUCCUUAUUUGUUCACAUGUACGCAGCCACCGUUUUGUUUGUGCUUUGUCAAUACUACAGUAAGGUUAAACAUUCUUAUAAGAUCCUUAUGAAGACAUCAGUCCCACUUAUUCAGUACAAAUGAAUAUAAUUAUGUUAAUAACUUAAUUGCUUUCUAAAUUAUUUAAGAAUCAAUUGACAUAACCAAACAUUUAAAAAGAGUGGAUAACAGCAUAAAUACCUUCAUUCCCUUUCAAACAAGGCAAUACAUAUAAUACAUACAAAAAAAAAAAGAACAUAUUAUAGGACUCAAUCAGCAGGAAUCUUUUAGAUCUUCAUUACAUUACAGAAAGUGAUAUAGGUCAGUUGGUUAAAACACCAGAUUUACAAAAUGUUAAACCAUAAAGGCUUUAGUACCCUCAUCUGCCUCAGAUUGAUACAAUUGUAGUAUUGAUUUGGGUAAAACAUUAUCUAUACCACAGGAUAUACUUGGUAUAAAUGGUAGAACAUUUAAUAUAAUUCUUCCAACUGAAAUAUUUGUUUAUUGCAUAAUAUCUCUUAUAGCAUGUGCGCCUUUUCAGUUAAAUGCUUCCAGAAAGCAGAAUGAGUAGUUAUUUAUUUUAUUAGAAAUGUUGAAUCAAAAAUUUAGUCACGUACAUACAUACUGAAAGAGGAACAGGUUAAAAGAACGCUGGUAACGCUGUUCUGUUUUACUUCAGGGAGACCUAAUAUGCAAAUAAAGCACACAAUAGAGCUCACAUGUACUUGUUAUAUUCCAGUUAAUUACUUAAAAUCCAGUUAAUUUGUUUAUGAAGUCAGACUAACGAGAUCAUAGAGGAAGGCAGGGCUACUAAAAUGUAUUCAUAUUAUGUCUACACUUUUAGGCUACUCCUGCUCAGGACUUAUUGACGCUCACAUUAAUACACCACUGUGUAAUAUUAUUGUAACUGCUUAAGUGGGAUUGAAGCUUUAUUGUUUUCAGCAUAUGAAUCUGAAUUUAUGUGCACUAAGUCUAUAUUGUGUUGAGGUACUGCACUGCAGAAGAUUUCAAGAGUAACUUUUUAAUAACUAAAGCAGAAUCUGAACAAAAACUAUACAGUUUUAUGUAUCAAUAUUGAGGAAUUGCUGCAUUUUUUUCAGUGUUCAUUUACAGACAUAUGUAACCCAGUAUGUAUCAAGUAUGUUGUCUUUUAUUGUAGAUUCUUGAGUAAGUAGUACCAUUAAAAAGUGCUUUGCUUUUUCUCAUUUUGGCAUUGAAUGUAUAGUAUAGUGCUAAACAGCACUACUAGCUUUCCUUGCCAAAAUAUUUUUGGGGUAUUUGUUCAUAAAUAACGUGACAUUUUCUUUUUAGUAAUGAUGAACAGUGAAACCAGAAUAUAUGAACACCUGACAGUUCUUUUCAAUUAUAUAAUAUUAGCAUCCUUUAUCUUUGAGAAGAGCUUAUAUUUCACAUGCACAUAGCACUACUCAGAUAAUUUGAAAUAUAAACUGUUAUCUAUAUGAAUACAACAUCCGUAUCUACAAUGUUUUUUUUCAAUGUUGUGUCAUCCCUAAUAAAAAUUUUGUUGAGUCACA